CUAAGAUACCUUUUUUCAAUUGACAUUGCUACCGUCAUUGGCAACACGUUUGAUAAUUAGACCCUGUUUUUGAGUCGUCAUGGACAUACCGGCCGCAGCCAACGCUCUCGGCACACUUGGUGCAGUCUGCUGGUCUAUUCAGCUCAUCCCGCAAAUUGUUAUCAACUACCGACGCCAUAAUGCCACCGGGCUUCAACCCUCAAUGAUGAUGCUCUGGGCCUGGGCCGGCGUACCGCUGGGCGUCUACAACAUCGUCGAGGACUUCAACAUUGCCCUGCAGAUCCAGCCCCAGAUCCUUACGUUUCUGAGUCUCGCAACUUGGAUCCAAUGCUUCUACUACCAAAGAAACUGGUCCAUCCUCCGCUCCCUCGCCGUCGUGGCCCCCAUCGCAACUGCCAUGGCCGGCAUCCAAGUCGCCCUCGUCAUCGGACUCCGCAUUAUAAAAGACCGCGGCACAGAAUGGCCCUUGAUCCUCAUGGCUUCCCUCUCCGCCGCCCUGCUGGCCGCCGGGGUCCUCCGGCACUACUGGGAUAUCUACCUCCACCGAACCGUGCGCGGCAUAUCCUUCAUCUUUGUCGGCAUUGACGCAGCGGGCGACGUGUUUUCCCUCGCGUCUAUAUUCUUUCAGCCUCGGGUUGAUGUGUUGGGGAUUGUUAUUUACGCGACUGAGUUUGCGCUUUGGUGCGGGGUGUUUGCGUGUGGGGGGUACUUCAAUUUAUUGCCUUGGGCGAGGAAGAGACUAAGGGCGAGGGAGGAAGCUGGGAGGACGAGUGAGGAAGAAGAGACGCCUGGCUCAGCUGUUGUAGCUAACGGCAUUGCUUUGCAUGACAUGCCUUCUUCGACGUCCGUCUUCCGGACCGCGUCUAGAGAUGAUUCCGGGCUUCGGUCUAGGACGGUCGCUUCGCUGUAACUCCGGAGCCACAUUCAACAUCUAGCACAGCGUCUGUGUUAGAAAUUCCAAAAUAAGGCAAUGAUUUGUCACGAAUGGCAUGAAGGACAGAGUCAACGCCUUCGAGGUCUAGAUAGGGCUUAAGAACGCCGGACUAUUUAAGAAUCCACGGACCUCCGUUCUGUCCCCAAUACUGGACCCAAUACCGCAGGCAGGAGGCUAGUUCGCGAUG